AGGCACCGACGCGACGCCACCACCCAACUCAAGCGCCGGAUGAGUAACGUUUUUCAGUACGCUAUUAGAUUUCAACCGGUAAUGUUGUUGAUUCGCCGCGGCGCGCAUCGCGUAUCUUUUCCCAAACGUAUAAAAUAUGUUGAGUAGUAGCAGGCCGUACAUGCGUAUCUAUGACAACGGCCUAUUGCUAGUGCGGUUCACAAUAUUGGCCUUCUUCGUCGCCAGCGCAGUUCUGCCUACUGCGUCGGGCCAGACUUUCGUCAGACGUACAGCGAGCGUUUGCCGAACAAACUCGGAUUGUCCAUCGAACGCAUACUGCGAACAUUACUCUCCGCCGACUGGAUUCGGCGUCUGUUCCUGCCUCCAAGGUCACUUUAUGCUCACGUACAAUAAUACACGGGACUGCAUUCGAUUUGCAACUGCCAUAGGCGAUUUCUGCCAGUACGACGAUCAGUGUCAAUAUCUGCUGAGCACGGACGCCGAAUGUCGUGACAACUCGUGUCAAUGUCGCGAAGGUACGCACUACGUAGAACGGGAACGUAGAUGCUACAAGACCAGCUACCUUGGCCAGUACUGCCGGUUGACCAACAAUUGCAUCGGCGACGACACCUACUGCCGCGAUGGCAUUUGCGUGUGCGCCCUGGGUAAGCACCCGAACGCUGGCCGGAAUCUGUGCCUCCCGGAUGUGUACCUUGGCGAGAAGUGCUUCCGAGACGAAGAAUGCAUAACAGAGAGCUCCCACUGCAGUGACGACGAGUGUUGUUGUCGAGUUAGCCAUAUCUUGAAUCAGGCGAGAAACCAAUGCCUGCCAAUUGCCGGCAAGCUGUACGAUCUGUGUGAAGAGGAUCUGCAGUGCCUUCAUAGGGUUCCAUACUCACGAUGCCACAUCGGGGUGCAGAUGAAUGGCGAUCGAGUGGGCAAAUGUACUUGCGCCAACGGUUUCCACGAGAUCAGUUAUAAAUGUUACCCCUCCGUCUACCUGAACGGCAUUUGCGAAGUGGACGAAAACUGCGCUAUCAAUCCAGACACGGUUUGUAUCAACGGUCGGUGUCGCUGUGCAGACCACAUGAUCGAAGUUGACGGGCAGUGCUCUGCAGCAACCAGGAAUGUCCUGUUCUCAAUCCAAAUAAUAGUCCUCCUAGGCAUCAAACAGCUUUUCUUGUAUUAAUUUAUCAAAGAUCUUCCUAGUUUUAGCAGAGUAGAUUUAUUUACUUGAAGAGAAUAUUUUGUUAUUUUUUAUGAGUAGAUAUCGAACUUUUAUACAGGAACUUAGAAGCGUGGAUAUUGCAAUCAGCAAAACCGACGAUUUUUUGUUUGUUAAAUCUGUACAAGUAUGUGAUAACCAAAUACAUUUUAAAUCAAUACCAAUCAAACCGUAGAAUAAGAUCAAAUUGUAAAUAGCAACAAGUUUGAAAUAAAUUUUUAACCAGCAAAGAGAA